GUGCCGCCGCAGAGGCCACCGCCGGGGUCCAUAGUGGUGACCGGUGGCGUCGACGAGGGCAUGGCAGAGACGUUGGCGGGCACUUACCUGCCCAGCGCCACGAACCACAACCGGCCGGUGUACCGCCGGGUGGACCCGCCGAGCACCGCGAAGGUGCUGCUGUACUACUGGGACCACCGGGACGGGGAAGAGCAGCGGGGCUGGUGGUUCGGGCCAGAGGUCGGCGGCGAGGAGGUCUGGGCGCACAGCCCGGGGGAGCCGAGGAACGCGGUCCCGCCUCGUGCGCCCUGGACGGUGCUGCACAGCGGCGACGUGGACCCCGGCAUCACCGUCACGAAGACGGACACGCCUCGGCCCCAGGCGGCCCCCGGGGCCGCGCCCUCGCGGGCCCCGCCCGGGCCGGGCCCGCGCGCCGCCCCGGGCCCCAGCAGCGGCUUCGCGCCUUCGCAGCCCAGCGGCGCCCCGCCGAGGCCCCGCGGCACCGCCGGGGCCGCCCUCGGGCUGCAGCCGACGGCGGCGCCGGGCGGGCGGCUGCCGCCGCAGGCCGUCG